AUGACCGCCAGCAUGAAGCUACAGGCGGGCAGCAGCGGCGUGGAGUAUGAGGGCUACGAUGGUCAAUUCGUUGUCUGUACGUCCACCGAAGAGGGCAUCAACGCCAAGGAUGAAUUGUACAUUUUCAGGUAUGCGUUGGAGAUGUGUCCAGGUGAGUGGUGGUCACAGCUGUUGAAGUUGUCCAUUGGUCUCACUCUACCCUUACCCGUCCGUGUCUAUCCACUGUGUCAACAAUGUAGCGCCGAGAAAGUGUGUUGUGGCAGAGAAUGCUGUUUACCCAGCGAGGAGGGCAUUCCUUUAUGGCUGCUUAUUUUGAUACUUCUACUUGUCGUUGGACUGAUCUGCUGCCUGCUGCUCGGUCUCGCCUACCUGUGCAGGAAGCUGUACCGCGGGAAGAACUCGACGAAAUCAAGUAAUUUGGUCCGUUAG